GAAACACCUAAAAUGGUCAAAUCUCAGGAUGUAGAGCUAUCUGCCUCUAUUUCUGCCCAAGACGACAGCGUCGAAGUCACCUUUGAGCCAGAUGGUUCUGAUAACCCGAAGAAUUGGCCGGUUUGGUAUCGGACGUUCAUCGUGGCGACGGCUUCUUUCUCGACGACCUGCGUAGUCCUUUACUCGACAUCAUAUACCUCUGGAGUCCCCGGAAUCCAAGGAUCCUUCGACAUCUCCGACCGUACAAUCGCCCUCCUCGGCCUGACAACAUACCUCCUCGGCUUAGCACUAGGAUGUUUAGUCCUGGCACCACUGUCAGAAAUGUACGGUCGUCGACCAAUCUAUGUCAUCACUGGUGCUUUCUAUGCUGUAUUAAUUCUGCCCGUCGCGCUGGCGCCCAAUUAUGCCGCUGUGGUGGCUAGUCGGAUAUUCAGCGGGUUCUUUGGUAGCGCGACUGUCGCGAGUGCCCCGGGUACGGUGAACGAUCUGAUUAGUUCCAAGCAUCGUGCGCUGGCGUUUAGUUUGUGGAGUUUGGGUGCUAUGAACGGGCCGGUAUUAGGUCCUAUCAUCGGCGGAUUUGUCUACCAAUACCUGGGAUGGCGCUGGAUCAAUUGGAUCGUCCUCAUUUGCGCAGGGGUUUCCUUUGUAGCAUUUGCUUUGUGUAAAGAAACCUACGCACCGGCAAUUCUUCGAGCAAAACGAGCAAAGAAGCAAAAGGAAACAGGCGACAAACGUUACUGGUGUCGAUACGACAAUCGAACCGAUGGAUGGCAGCUCAUUCGCACAAACUUGACCCGACCGCUAUCCAUGGCCGUUUUCGAACCGAUAUGCCUCUUUUGGAAUCUAUACGUCGGCGUCAUCUAUGCGGUCUUAUUCCUCUGCUUCGUCGGGUAUCCAAUUGUCUUCCAAGAACAGCGUGGCUGGUCUCCUGGUCUGGCAGGAUUGGGAUAUCUAGGAAUCGGUACUGGCGUCGUUUUAGCCGUCAUAUCAGAGCCCUUGGUCCGCAAAAUGAUACAAAUGCACCGUCCGGAUCCAGUCACAGGCCAGAUACCGCCAGAAGCAGCAGUGAGCCCUAUCUGCAUCGGAAGCAUCCUGAUUCCGAUCGGUGAAUUUUGGUUCUCCUGGACAGCCCAGCCGUCAGUCCACUGGGUCUGUCCAAUUCUCGCGGGAGUGCCAUUCGGUCUGGGUAACGGCCUCGUCUUCAUUUACGCCACGACCUAUCUCGCAAGUAGCUAUACAAUAUACGCCGCGUCAGCUCUAGCAGGGAACUCGGUAGUACGGUAUGUUUUCGGAGGGGUGUUGCCGCUGGCUGGCUCACAGAUGUAUCAUCGGAUGGGGGUUAACUGGGCAGGGACGAUGUUGGCGUUGAUUGAGGUGAUCCUUAUUCCGAUCCCGUUUGUGUUUUAUCGGUAUGGGUGGAAGAUUCGGCAGAGGAGUCCGCUUAUAUCGAAGAUGUGA